UUAUAAUUAUUUCUUUUUUAUAUGACGAAAACGUGCUGGUGGUACAUAAGGUUGCAUUGCCUUCAAUUCGCGGUGCACAAGCUGUCGGACGCUGGGAACCGCUGCCGUAAGGAGAGGACGCCAAUCUGCACGUCACUGCUAGGCUGCUGUCCUCGUUGCCUUCCCUGGGGGCUGGGGACGCGGACUGCGCCCGUGGCUCGUUCCUCUGAGGGCCCAUCCGCAGUUGUUACGAAACUGGGAAGAGCAGAUUUGGAUAUCAAGACAUGGGGGACUGGCUGUGUAAAGGUAGAGAAUAUGGAGUGUGAGAACUGCAGAAUAGAAACUGAGAAGGGGACUAGCAUCUUAAAUUCCAUAAAGAGUCAUACAAUCCAUGUGCAAACUAAUGGAGGCAAAAUAAUUGGUCUGGGAAGUCUUCAUGGAAAUACAGAUAUUCAUGUGACAGGGGAGAGUAGUGUGAAUAUAGAGAAGUUGCAGGGAACAUCUAUCAGCAUAUCUACUGAGGACGGUUUGUUAAAGACCAAGUAUCUUUAUGCAGAGUCUUCAUUUCUGUCUUCAGCAGCUGGUGAUAUUCUACUGGGAAGUGUUCAUGGUGACAUCACCAUUGAAACCAAAACAGGAAACAUCACAGUAGAUUCAGCGGAUGGAUGUCUAAAAGCUUCUACACAUCAGGGGAUGAUAGAUGUUUAUGUCAGUCAAGGAAAAAACAUAGAUCUGAAAUCCCAAAAAGGCUCUAUUACAGUCAAGGUGCCUGCCUCUUUUAAAGCUUAUUUACAGCUAUCUGGAAGUAAGGUGGACGUGAGCCCAGAGAUUGAGUUAAAGGAAAUCCAAAGUGCCCCCAAAGAUGGUCACAUAACUAUUACUGGUCACAUGAAUCAACUGAAUGACACAGACCAAUGGAUUAAAGCGACCACACAAAAUGGCACCAUACAUCUUAAAAGCCAAAGCUGGUUCCAGUCCAUCAAGUUGCAAGUCCCUUGAAGAACAGGCCAAAGGGGUUGAAAUUUUUUCGUCUUCCAGGAUGCUCCCAGCACCAAAUUAACAGGCAACUCCAAGUUACAGCUGCAUUUAAGCAAAGUGUCACCUGAGAGUGGAGGAUAAAAAAUACAUGCUGCUUAGUGUAGGCUAUGAACAGUUAUGAGACUUAUUUCCUUAAGGACUGGGAAUUCUGGACCUGACAUCUGUGUGUUCACGUUGCUGCUCUCCAUGCAUAGCGCACAGCUGUCACUGAUGGCAUCCAGUGAACAGCAAAUGUUGAUGAUUCCCAUCUCUUCCUUGUCUUGUCCUGGCUCUCCUUUGCUCUAAGCUCAGUGCCCUUUCUCUCUACAGACACGACUGUGUUUUAGCAAAAAAUGUGUCUGAGGUUUCAUUAGCAUUGGCAAGCAUGACUUCCCUGUGCCAUUUCGACCAUAUACCAUUUCUCAAUUUCCUUCUAAUUAGCAUGGUGGUAUGUUGGCAAUUUCUGAAUGACUUGUUUAGGGAAAUCCUGCAAAAAACAUUCCUCCUUUGGAAAAUCUUUUCAGGGAUGAAUUGACUUGUGCACUGGAAGGCAUUAGUCAUACCCCAAGUACUGAUUCAGUCUGUCUGAAGUCUUGUACUUGGUUAUAAUGAGACAGUAUAUGGAAUAAAAAAACCCACUUGAGUGAAAAGGCGUCAUUACUUGUCAGAGUACUAAUCACCCCCCAGUACCGCACUGUCUGUUUUUUGUUGUUGAUUACAAGAAAUGUAGUGACUGUGCCUAGCAGGAGGCAAUGAUGAUUCUCUUUGGCUCCAUCCAUGUACUUGGGGGGCUGUAAGAUCUGCUCUUUCCUCUGAGGAGCAGGCAUGAAGCGGCA